UGAAGAGGAAGAGUUAUUAAAUCAAUUCUUAGAAGCUUAUUUGGGAAAACGUGAACGAGAUGAGGACAAUUACUUUAAAAUUCCUGAGGUAAAUACUUUUGGAAUUCCAUUCCGAAAGGAGGAAUUCAAAACUGAAAAUAAAACCAAACCUACCAAAAGGAGUACAAAGAAAUCAUCUCCUGAGAGAAAGAAAUCUACUAAACUUGAAAAGAAGGAAGUACUCCGAUUACUGCACACAAAAGAAUUUGACAUUGCUGAACAAAUGCAAAAACAGGAAGCUGGAAUUACCUGA